AGUAGAUGUCCGUGCACGAUCAAGAAUUACAAGCACUAAAUGUUCACAUCAAGCGGCACACACAUACACACUCCGUAUAAACUGGGCAAGUCGAUAGCAAAGCGGCACGACUUUGAGAUGGUGUCAACGCGUAGGUCACUGCCAGACUGGCGGGCGGAAACAUGCCGUUUUCGAAGAAGCGACGCGGGCGACGAUGCCGAAAAGCGGCUAGCAGACCAAUCACAUCGUGCGGAAAGCCGGGUGACAGGACACGAUAGGUAAAGGGAAGAGGGAAGGAACGAGAAUGUACAAGAUUACGUAAAAAUGUUGUACAUAUCCAUUCUAUUUUCAUUUUUACUAAAUGCUGUGUGCGGUGAAGAUUAUAAUUUGCAUGGAGACGCUGGUCAAGCAUACGCUAUAGAAGUUUACCUAGGUCAUCCCAGUCAAAAGCUUAAUGUACUGGUGGAUACUGGUAGCACAACAUUGGCAAUAGCAACUUAUCCACGACAAGAUAAUGAUGAAUAUUUUCAUUUUGCCAAUUCAACUAGUAUUAAUGACAGUGGGAAGGAGAUUCAAGCAAAAUAUUCUCAAGGUAUGUGGUUGGGUCGAUUGGCAUCCGAUUUCAUCCGAUUCCCUUCUCUAUCAAAUUUGCCAGAAGUCAGAACUGAUAUGGCGCUUAUAACGAAGAGUCAUAAAUUCUUCAUGAAUGGAUCAGGUUGGCAGGGUCUUCUGGGGCUUGCAUACCUACCAGUAGGCGCUUGGGGAGAUCAUCUCGUGGUGGAAUCCUGGUUGGACUCAUUAGAUAGAACAUUAAAAAUACCAACGUCUUUUGAGUUGAAAUUAUGUGGAGCCAAAAGUCCUACUAAUGCAACACAUUAUGGAAAUUUUAGAGUGAUUGAUAAUGCAGAUGAAACCCACCAAAGUAUAUUUCGUACGCCAAUAUUGCGCAAACGUUGGUAUGAAGUUGGCGUGUUAUCAAUCAGAGUACUAUUUCAAAAACAACUUAACACAGUAGAUGAGGUUGGCUUAACUAAAAAUAGUCAAGACAAUGACGCAUCCAGAGAUCUGGAUAUAGAAAUGUGUCAGCAACUAAACGAGGAGAAAAGUAUUGUGGACAGUGGUACUACUAAUAUUAGAUUGCCUGAUGACUUAUUUCGACAGGUGGUGGAUAAGUUAAAAAAUGCAGUUUUGGCAUCUAAUAUUCUUAUAUUGGACGAGUUCUGGUACCACGCUGAAGCUGCAUGUUGGACAGAACCUCAGAAUUGGUCAUUGCCAUGGUUGGCGAUAGACCUACUUAGUGAAGAAUCGGAUCACGAGUAUUUCACGUUGGAACUACCACCACAGAAUUACAUGCGAGUAGUGUCUGCCCGCAAUAGCAGCAGUGAGAAUGGAACAGUACCAGAGUUCUGUUAUAAAUUAGGUCUGGAAGCUGGGGGAAAGGAGACCGUUUUGGGAUACACUGCUAUGGAAGGAUUACAGGUUCUAUUUAAUCGAUCAGCCGGCUGGAUCGGCUGGGAGACAUCUAACUGCGGUCCGAACGCGCGUAUCACGGGCCCGUACAACGUGACCGCGUCGAUCAGAAGCACGUGUCAACUAAUCAAGGUUGUAUCAGACGGGGCUGUAUCCAUAAAGGCAGCGCAAUGGACAUUGUGCGUAAUAUCUAUAAUAGCUGCAGCAGUAUUAAUAUAUUUACUAGCGCCGUGCAUUAAAAUGAUGCUUAUGAAACCAUUGCCGAGUUCGAAUCAAAUAUCUUUGUCGCAAGCAGCUCUAGUCGAACCAGCCUCGGCGUAGUUUGGAGUACUGUAAGUUCCUCGUAUUCCUAAUGGUAGGUAUGAGAAUGAGGAUAUUCUUCAUUCAGCUAUUUUAAUGGUAGGAAUAUGAGAAAAUAUCGGUAUUUAUGUAAUUACCGGUAAUAACACUAGUCUAUUUGUAUUUACCUUUAUAUUUUAACGGUACGACAUGGUAAGGUGCGAAUUUACUAAAAUAAACUAAAAUUUCAUCCCAACCAUCUGGACGAGUGGCGGUUCUCCACCGUGCGUUUUUCAAGGCACUUUCUCCAACGCACAACCACUCUUUGGAAUCAACUUCCAGCAGCAGUAUUUCCGAACCAAUACAACAACAUAACCUUCAAGAAAAGAGCAUAUUCCUUUUUAAAAGGCCGGCAGCACACCUGUAAUGCCGUAGGUGUUGUGGGUGACCAUGGGCGGCGGUAGUUACUUACCAUCAGGUGAGCCGCAUGCCCGUUUGCCCCCUGUUGAAAAAAAAAUAUCAUCCUGAUAUAAUCAAAAAGUAAAAUGUUGUACAAUACUAUAAAGUUGAUUUUGUUGGAAAUUGUCUAGGGAAAAUAAAAUCUUGCUGAGCUGCGGUAUUUGACAUAGGCUAGGCACCCAAUAGAAUUAGUACACGGAUAGUUAUGGUAAACGCAUUUACCGUAUUUACUUUAUUGAAGGAGAUGUUAUUUUGUAGAAGUCCAUAUCAUUGGUUAGUCAAUUAGAAUUAUUUUGUUUAAUUCCGCUACCAUUAGUAUGCGUGUGAUUUCCAACACUCAAUGAUUGACUGUUAUUAUUACCAGAAGUUCAACAACCUUCCAUAUUAGUUAAUGACUAACUAGAUACUGUAUUUGUGUUAGUAUUAGUAUGCGUUUUGCGGAGAUGUCGGAAAAAUAUGAGCGAAGUUGCUUAAUAUAAUUGGAAUGGUAUCUACGCUAUCGAUAUACGCUGGCGAGGUACCAGUGAGAGAUGAAUUUAAAGUUAAGUUAGUUAUUAAUAAAAAAUCCCGCUCCCUUUUUCUCGUCACGUUUGCAUUACCUGUAUAUUCGUAGUACUCGGUUAUAGUUUUUUUUUUUUCGUAGAUUUAUAAAUGAUUGUAUUUUGAGCGAAACUUUUAUUAGAAGCGUUCCAAUCCAAUUUAUCACUGCUUAUUUUUUUUUAUGAACUACGUUAGUAAUUAUAUAUUCAUACGACAAGUAAAGUGUAAAAAGGCGAAUUUGAUUCCCGAUUAUUAGGAAUAAUUAUUUUAUUUUAUAUCUUAAUAUUUGAUAAUAAUUUUACUUGAGAUAUUUUUUUCUUUAUGAUCUUUGUAGAGUCGUCUUGAUUGAUUGAUAAUACAUUCAACACAUUAUUUUGCCAUACGUGUCUAUAUUUAAUAGACCUUGAUAUAAUGCCACUACGGCGGUACGAUCUCAUAAGGCAUUAAAUUCACAGGUUCUGUUGUGAGUUCUUGAAGAAAGUUCGUAUUAUUUCUACUUAGUUGCACUGUUUUUUAUAAUUUCCUCAUGCAACUAGUUUUCGAACAUAUAAAUAAGUGUUUGUAAUAAAUAAUUUUCCAUUUUCUUUUUUAAUGUAGUUACACUUUAACCUGUUUCUCUGAGCAUUAUAAUUUGUAGAAAAUCUCACUUACAAUUUUUAUAAUUAUAACAAGAUUUGGUUGAGUGGUUUUAAAAUUGAGAUAGAAUAAUCUAAUUAGGGCCAUCUUUCUUCAUAUAAUGUGUUAUCGUUUUUUAAUUAAUUUUUUUAAGAUGACUUCCAAUUUAUGCAAUUUAUGAUUUAGGUAACGUGAUUAAUUUAGAAACGUGAUUUUUAACACAUUUUAAUAAGUCUAAGGCGAAAACUUGUGAAUAGUUUAGUAUCAACUGAUUUAUAAACUUUAGUGAUAAUUAUUAUCGAUAAAUUGAUAAAAAGUAUUUUCUAAGAAGUAAUAAUAAAAGUAUUUUAUUUAACAAUGUACUUAUCGUCAAUUAUUUCUUAAGUUUUUUUUUUUUUAUAUCUUUAUCAAUAGCGUUCAUAGGUUUUUAUUGCAAGUGAUUUCUUACUUUGUCAAUAAUAUAAAAUAAAUAUUUAGAAAAAUAAUAUUUUAAUAUGUAUUACAUAUUAAAAUAUUAUUUUAAUAUGUUAUUAAAAUAAUAUUUUAAUAUUAUUUAAAUAACAUAUUCAUAUACAAAAUAAAAACAUGAAACAAUAUAAUUUAAUUAUUACUUUAAAACAUCUAAAGAAAAUACUUAUUUGAAAAUAUUUGAAACGUAAAAAAAAUAUGUCAGUAGUAUAAAAAUAAGACCCAUACAAAAACAAAACAGUGUAUUUAAAAAUCACUACGUAUAAACUUAUUUAAAGGUUAUUUAAAUUUUAACUGUUUAAUAGUAACCGUUUAACUAUUUUAAUGCGUAUUUUCAUUAAAUACGUUGUAAAAUUUGUGCCUCGUUUAUUAUGCAUUGUUAUCAUGUUGACAGAUUCAUAAAAUUGCAAAUUUUUAAUAAAAGUCGAUAUAUCCAUCUGUAAGAUGUUUGUAAGGAUUUUGAAGUAAUGUGUAGUUAUAUAUAGUGUAAUUUCUAGUAUGUCAAUUUAAUUUUAAUGGUUAGAAUUUUAUUUUUUAAUACUUUAAGUAAGUGUUGUGCAGAUCGUCGAUAUUUAAUAACAAAUAAAGUGUUAUAAUGUUUAUAAAGAGUCAUUCGAAAAGGGUAUAACUAACUCAAAAUAGUGAUUGUAUACUUUUUAAAUUAUUAUUGUACUAUUUACAUAAUUUGGAUCCUUUGUACGAUAUAAUUCAUGACCACAGAUAAUAUAACAGUCUGUCACUAUUACAUUAAACAAAUUGUGUCAAUCUUCCAAAGCAAAAAAAAAAAACGUACAAGUUAUAAACACAGAUUAAUUUAAUAAAUAAAUAAUUGAAUAAAUUUAUUUUUAUCGAAAUCGAAUCUAAUGACGUUGUUACUAAGCUUUUUUGUGUAGUAAUACAUAAGUCAAUAAUACUGUUGAUGAUUUAAAAUUGAAUUUUAAUAUUCGUGCCUAGCAAUUCUUGUGGAAAGCGCCGCAUACAUUUUGCACAAAUUUUAUUAAAACACAUCAAGUUUAGUGAUGUUUCGUGUUAUGGCAAUAAUCCAUAAAUGAAAGUACUAAGAAGAAACAUUUUUGUUGAAAAACAUACUGUCUUUAUAUGUUCUUAGAAUUUGCAACUAUUUGAUAGCUCUAUAUUUCGAAAAGAAUGAUUCUUUGGUACCGUUAGAAAAAUACCAAGAAUUAACACAAACAUUAAUAUAAUAAUAAUAAUAAUACCACGUUAAAUUCUAGUAAGAUACGACGACGCUAACAGUUAAUGUUUCCAACUACUUUAUUAUUGAUUAUUUAUUAAAUUUAUUACUCAUACCAUACAAAUUAUGUAAACGAAUAUCUGUUUUCCAUGAAAUUCUUUCAGAUUGUAGCAAUAAGUAGUAAUAGGUACUUUUUUAGCCACCAUCACGAGUAUCGAAUAGGCAUUUUUAGUUUACGACUUAUAGCAUGACAAAAUGUUUCGUAAAAUAAAUAAUGGAUACAUUUUUUGCGUACAGUUAAGUUUUAGUUACAGUAAGUAUGAAAAGAUAUUAUUAUCGUUUGAAUCUACGCUUAAAAUAUAGAUCUUUUGAGGGUUUUUUUUUUAGUAAUGAGCUUAUUAAUAUGCUUAAGUAUUAGUAUUUAUUUCAGUCAUUAGCUUCAUCAGAAUACUUAUGUGUAUUGUGUAUAAUUACGCUUAUUUGUUUUUAAACUAGCUUUUUAUAAUAGAUAUUAAGCGAGAACAAAUGCUAUUGUAAAACUUCUACUCUGCUUAAGAAAUUACGUAUUGGUAUUAUUGCUCAUUGUUUUAAUCAUUUUUUGUGACUAAACUCUUAUAUUUUUACUCGAAAUUUAAAAAUGCACUGCAAUUAAUUUAAGGACUAAAAAAAUAUGUAGAAGAGACUAGGCGGAUAGAAUGUAUUUAAAAUCGAUAAUUACGUGUUUGAAGAAAAAAGAAUUUAUCUAACACACACAUGAUACAUGCGUCGGUCAUCGGCUCCAUUUAGUACCAAUUGUAAAUUUUUUUUAAAGGAAAUUUAACCCAUUGGCUUUAACAAAUUCACCAACUAUUUGCAGUUCAUUUUUAAACUUGUACAUUGGAAGUUCGUGCAAUAAUAUCUAACAUUGUUUAAAUUUUAUAUUAUAUGGCUAAAAAAAUCAAAUAUCAAAAUUUGCGCUUAUUUCUCACGAGUUUUGCAAUAAUUAAGUAAUUUCUCAGUAAUUUUCGUAUACAUAUUUUUUUUCUUAGUAUUAUUUAUUAAUAUUGUCUUAAUGUGUGAUAAUAAAAUUAUCUUAUACUUUGAAUCUUUGUUAUAAAAUUCACUUUGUAAUUAAAUCGUUAAAGUGGUAUAAGUAAUCAAUCUAUCUGAAAAUAAACUGACCAAUCAAGGCAAAAGGGUUUCAACGCUAACAUUGAGAUUAUAUUUAUAAUAAAAUAUUGUACUUAC